UUUUUUCUAAUUGUGGCGAGAAGAUAACGAAUAAAGAGCCGCGGGGAAAGAGACCAACACCUCCCCGCGGCGGCUGCGUGUUCCGGGUGACGCCUCCUCGUUCGCUUCCAAGACAAUAGCCGAAGAAAUUAAGGAGGGGGAGAAAAUGCCCGAUCCCGCCGUGUGAGAUAAUGGAUGAGCGCGGGGUGACCUGUUUUUUUCCUUGCGGUGGAGCGGUGCUGAAGACAGAGGGCACCAGCACCCAGCCCACAGCCGUCGCCCCGCAGCCAGCGCUCCAGCUCGGGGCGCCCGGGCAGCCGCUGGUGCCUGCUUCGAGCGGGCGGCGAACGCCAGCCUCACCGCGCCAGGUUAAAAGUCACUAGGAUGACAGCUGCCUGUACACCCUCGAGAGUGGCGCCGUGAGACGUGGCUGCGAUGGUAUUAGGAGCAAUCGGAGAACCGGCGGGGGGCAGCGGAUGCCGUUCCCUACAUGUGCUCGCAGCUUACGCAGCCAAGAGGAUCCCAGCGGAGCCGUAGCCCGGCCGCGGACAGCACCGUGCACCGCAAUGACCGCUGUGCUGCCUCUCGUGCUGCCUGCGCUGCUGCUGGCAGGUGCCGCUCUGCCACCAGCUGCCGCCUCUGCGCAGCGCUCGGUGGCCCGCAUGGAUGGGGAUGUCAUCAUUGGUGCCCUCUUCUCGGUCCACCACCAACCACCAGCUGAGAAGGUGCCUGAGAGAAAGUGUGGGGAGAUCCGGGAGCAGUACGGCAUCCAGCGGGUGGAGGCCAUGUUUCACACCUUGGAUAAGAUCAAUGCUGACCCAGUGCUGCUGCCCAACAUCACGCUGGGCAGUGAGAUCCGCGACUCCUGCUGGCACUCCUCAGUGGCCCUGGAGCAGAGCAUUGAGUUCAUCCGGGACUCACUCAUCUCUAUCAGGGAUGACAGAGAGGGCGGUGGGCGCUGCCUCUCCGACUCCCAACCACAGCCCCCAGGCCGCCUGAGGAAGCCCAUUGCAGGAGUUAUUGGCCCUGGCUCCAGCUCAGUUGCCAUCCAGGUGCAGAACCUCCUGCAGCUCUUUGACAUCCCACAGAUUGCCUACUCUGCCACCAGCAUCGACCUGAGUGACAAGACUCUCUACAAGUAUUUCCUCCGUGUGGUCCCCUCCGACACACUCCAAGCCCGUGCCAUGCUCGAUAUUGUCAAGCGUUACAACUGGACUUAUGUGUCUGCCGUGCACACUGAAGGAAAUUAUGGAGAAAGUGGAAUGGAGGCCUUCAAAGAGCUGGCUGCCCAAGAGGGUCUCUGCAUUGCUCAUUCUGACAAGAUUUAUAGCAAUGCUGGGGAGAAGAGCUUUGAUCGCCUGCUCCGCAAGCUACGUGAAAGAUUACCCAAGGCGAGAGUGGUGGUUUGCUUCUGUGAGGGCAUGACGGUGAGGGGGAUCCUCAUUGCCAUGAGACGCCUGGGAGUGCUUGGGGAGUUCCUGCUAAUUGGAAGUGACGGUUGGGCAGACAGAGAUGAAGUCAUUGAAGGUUAUGAACAGGAAGCAAAUGGAGGUAUCACUAUCAAACUGCAAUCUCCAGAGGUCUUGUCAUUUGAUGACUACUAUCUGAAACUGCGUCUGGACACCAAUACCCGCAAUCCUUGGUUUCCUGAAUUCUGGCAGCAUAGAUUUCAGUGUCGUAUCCCUGGACACCCACUGGAGAAUCCCAACUUCCAGAAGAACUGCACUGGUAAUGAAAGCCUAGAAGAAAACUAUGUUCAGGACAGUAAAAUGGGAUUCGUCAUCAAUGCAAUAUAUGCUAUGGCUCAUGGACUCCAAAAUAUGCAUCAUUCCCUUUGUCCUGGACAUGUUGGGCUGUGUGAUGCUAUGAAGCCAAUUGAUGGCAGCAAACUCUUGGAGUUUCUCCUUAAGUCCACAUUCAUUGGUGUUUCUGGAGAAGAAGUUUGGUUUGAUGAAAAGGGAGAUGCCCCAGGAAGGUAUGACAUUAUGAACCUGCAGUACAUAGAACCCAACCGCUAUGACUAUGUCCUCAUUGGAACUUGGCACGAAGGUGUCCUCAACAUUGAUGACUACAGGAUUCAGAUGAACAAGAGUGGGAUGGUCCGAUCAGUGUGCAGUGAGCCUUGCUUGAAGGGGCAGAUUAAGGUGAUCAGGAAAGGAGAAGUGAGCUGCUGCUGGAUUUGUACUGCCUGCAAAGAGAAUGAGUUUGUUCAGGAUGAAUUCACUUGCAAAGCCUGUGAACUUGGCUGGUGGCCGAAUGCUGAACUGACAGGCUGUGAACCCAUUCCUGUAAAAUACCUUCAGUGGAGCAAUAUAGAAUCUAUUGUGGCUGUGGUCUUUUCCUGCCUGGGGAUCCUGGUCACCAUGUUUGUCACCCUUAUCUUUGUGCUCUACAGGGACACUCCUGUUGUCAAAUCCUCCAGCCGAGAGCUCUGCUACAUAAUCCUUGCUGGCAUCUUUCUGGGUUAUGUCUGCCCUUUCACCCUUAUCGCUAAACCCACCACGAUAUCCUGCUACCUCCAGCGCCUUCUGGUGGGUCUCUCUUCUGCCAUGUGCUAUUCUGCCCUUGUGACCAAAACCAACCGCAUUGCACGCAUUCUGGCAGGUAGCAAAAAGAAGAUUUGUACCCGCAAGCCACGCUUCAUGAGUGCAUGGGCCCAAGUGGUCAUUGCCUCCAUCUUGAUCAGUGUGCAGUUGACACUGGUGGUCACGCUGAUCAUCCUAGAGCCCCCGAUGCCCAUCCUCUCCUACCCCAGCAUUAAGGAAGUUUACCUUAUCUGCAACACCAGCAACUUGGGUGUCGUGGCUCCCGUGGGCUACAAUGGACUCCUCAUCAUGAGCUGCACUUACUAUGCCUUCAAGACUCGCAAUGUGCCUGCAAAUUUCAAUGAGGCCAAGUACAUUGCAUUCACCAUGUAUACCACUUGUAUCAUCUGGCUGGCCUUUGUGCCUAUCUAUUUUGGGAGCAACUACAAGAUCAUCACCACUUGUUUUGCAGUGAGCCUGAGUGUGACGGUCGCCCUGGGGUGCAUGUUCACUCCUAAGAUGUACAUCAUCAUAGCCAAGCCUGAAAGGAAUGUCCGCAGUGCCUUUACCACCUCAGAUGUGGUGCGUAUGCAUGUCGGGGAUGGCAAGGCACCUUGCAAGUCCAACACUUUCCUCAACAUAUUCCGGAGAAAGAAACCAGGGGCUGGAAAUCCAAAUUCUAAUGGAAAGUCUGUGUCAUGGUCUGAACCAGGUGGAAGACAAGCUUCCAAGGGCGAGCACAUGUGGCACAGACUCUCAGUGCAUGUGAAGAACCAGGAGACAGGGUGCAAUCAGACAGCCGUGAUCAAACCCCUCACUAAAAGCUACCACGGCCAAAGCAAGAGCCUGACUUUUACCGAUAUCAGCAGCAAGACUCUGUACAACGUGGAGGAGGAAGAAGAUAGAGAGCCCGUCCGCCUCAACCAGCCCAGCAGCCCCUCCAUGGUGGUGCACAGGCGGGUGGCGACCACCCCGCCCUUGCAGGCUGCAGCGGAGGAGACGCGUCUCUUCCUGCCCGAGCAGUCCCCCAAGGACCUGCCCCUGCAGCCCCGCUCUCUCAUGGAGCAGCUGCAAGGGGUGGUCAACAAGCUGGCCACUGGCAUCCCUGACUUCACUGGCUCGGGGAACGGCGCACGGCCUCCCCAGCAGUCACCCCUGCUGCCUCUCCAGGCGGCUGACUUCAGCGGGGAGCCCCUGUCUCCUCCGGCCGAGGAAGCGGAGAGCGAGAAGCUGAAGCUCAUUCAGGGAUACGUCUACGAGAAGAGCACAGAUGAGGAGGAGGAGGAGCCGGCGACCAGCAAGCUCACCCUGGAAGACUCGCCGGCACUGACACCUCCAUCCCCUUUCCGGGAUUCGGUGGCUUCGGGCAGCUCCGUGCCCAGCUCUCCAGUGUCGGAGUCGGUACUCUGCACGCCCCCAGACAUGACCUAUGCUUCCGUCAUCCUGAGGGAUUAUAAGCAGAGCUCAUCCACCCUAUAGAGCACGGAUGCUGCUGCGGGAGACUUGGCUCGAAGGACUUUGGCAGCUGCCUGCUGUUAGGGCCUGGGGAGGUGGAUCCCCAGGGGUGGUGAAGAAGGAGCGGAGAGCAGAGUCAUACAUGACAGAGCAAAAACUUUAUCCUGCACUAAAAGAACAAAAACAAACAAACAAACAAACCAUUCUGAGGGCUUAACAUUCUCUAUCUCUUAAAUUAUUGUACUUUGAGCAAAUGAUAGGAAAAACAAAGCACAAACCUUAUGGACAACUUCCAUAGCAAAAGAAAAAAAGAAAAAGAAAGAAUAAACACACAUGAAAAGAAAAUACACUUAGUCGCACCAUCUCUUGGCAGUGCUGGAAGAGGACUCUGGGAAGUGCAGCCUGGGAGAAGUCCUUAGCAUGUAUGGUGACUGCAGCCUGCCUGCUGUGCCAGUAGGUCCAGGAACUGGAAGGGGCAGUACGGUGAGGAGAAGCAAAACUGCCUGUGUACAAGAUAUAUAUGCAUAGAUCAUUUCUUCUGGUUUCUGCAGGUGUAAAUGUGUAACCUGCUGGGGUGAGGGGAACUGAGAUAAUGUGAAAACGUGUAGCUCUUAAUGACUUUUGUUGGAAAAAUUUGUAUGAGGCUGCUUUUGGGGGGAUCUGGGGUUUUUAAGGCUAAUUGUGAACAAAGUGAUGAAGAUUACCAAGACUCAAGAGGUUCUUGCUGUAAUACUUGUAAUAUGAUAAAGGCUUGAGAAAACUGCCCUUUUGUAUAUGAUUGCAAACCAUGUUGGCUAAACUGUUACACAACAUUUACCGUAGCAGAACAAUAUUUAUUGACUGACUUUUCAUAAUACAACACACUUGCCAUGUGAUUACAUCAUUCUUUUGUGUUACUAUGAAAUCAAAUGCUUUGGAAUAUAGCUGUAUACUUAGAGCAACAACUACUACUCUGAAAGGCAGUUCCUUACUGGGGGUUUUAAAGUCAGUUUUGAAGCAAGAAUGGGCGUACGUUUGUGUCUUUGUAUGCGUGUGAACAGUACGUGUGAAAUGUAAUGUCCAAUAACUACCACCAGAAGAUUGUCUUAUAAAUAUACUAUGAAUAUUUUUAUGUUUCAAUCAUAUUUUAUAUAGCAUUGUUACAAAUAUUCAAUAGAUCUUUGGAGGUUUGUAUGCUGUGCUAACACGUGUUUUUUGAAAUACGAGCUGAGACAGUAGUUCCUAUUAUCAUAGGGUGCUUUAUUUUGCAGAUAUUUUACAAAGUAGACCUAUGGUAUUAAUAACCAGUGCAUUGAGAACUUGUUACGUUGUGCGUUUGGUUACUAAUGGGAAAAAAAAAAAAAAAAAAAAAGUCUGAUUUUGAAAUCUUGCACAUACCAGUAUAAGUCUAUGAAACCAAGACAGGAAAUGUAUUUGACAUACUUUUGUUGCUUCAGAUAGUUAAAUAUAAAAUCACGUUGAGGCAGGAAUGUUCAUGAGUGCUUAACAUGUACAUCAGUUCCCUACAUCUGUUCUAAACCAUUCUUUUAAUCUUUUUGUUAUGUUCAUUUUAGGGCUUUUUCCAUGCAGUUUCAUUUCUUCUUUGUAGAAUAGUAUGUUUUAUCUUAAAGGUCGAUUGUAGGCAGCUGUACUCUGUCAUUCAGUCCUCCUCCUCUACCCUUCACAUACUUCCUAGAGAGCUCCACAGCUCCGUAAUGGCUGGCAUGAUCAAAGUCCAGCUUCGGUUGCUUUGUUUUGAUCAUAUUUAUCAAUCAGAUAGUAAUAACUGUGAAUGUUACACACAUUCAGGACAGGAUUUUAGCUGCUAUGAACUUUGUGCUCUUGAAUUUAGAUGAGGAUCCAUCUCAUAAUUCUAAACUUUAUUUCCAAAGAUAUCUUAAAGGAAUGUUUCUAACCAUGCUUGUGAAUAUUCUAUCAGAAUUUUUCUGAAUUCUUCAUGUUUCUGCUCUUUUUUUUUUUUUCUUUUUUUCUUUUUUUUUUUUUUCUUUUUUUUUUUUCUCUCUUUCACUUGAAUUUUAAGUUCUGGUGCCAGUCAUCAGUUAUCCUCCUAAGAUCCAAAGCUCUUGGUACUUUGUGGUACUGGGAGGUUUGGCUGGUGCUCAAAAUGGGAUGGAGUCUUUUUUUCUCAUCCUCUUUUCACACUGUUUGCUCCUUUCAAUAUGACUAGCAGCCACUUGCUGUCAUCUUCCUGAUGUGGAGAGCAUGAACUGACCUUACCCAAAGGCACAGAUAUGUCUUUGUCAAUAGAUUGAUGUUUCUACUUUAUAACGAACUAAAGCCACCCUGAGGGUCAGUUGGUUGACUUUUGUCUGCUUGGGGCAUUAGGGGGAAUUUUUUGUUGUUGCUUUUGUUUUGUUUUCUUCUUUUUAUAAUGCCAAUUACUCAUGAAAACAAUGAGAAAAUGCCAUAUUUUCCUUGCUGAUCACUGCAAUGGCAAUGAAUUCUGUCUUGUUAUAGUCUUAAAAUAAGUUUUCUUUUGCUUUUUCCAAAAAUGUCUGUUGGUAGCACAGGACUAGUAAUAGGAAGCCAAUGUUUGAAGAGAUGAUGAAAGAAUAAAAACAACAUAUAACAAGUUCGUAUAGAUGGGGAGUUGACUAUGUGGGAAGGUAUUAUGUUUUCAUAUCUACCUAUUUUGAACAUAUUAAGCACUGAGUUUAUUACUGUAAUGUAAUUUAUAUAAUGAGUAGGAAUUUUCUUGAAAUUCAGUAUAUUAGCUUUUAGUUUGUAAUUGUUAAAACUGGAAACAUACACAUAAAUAUAUCUAAGGAGUAAGAACUCACAUUGUGUAUGUAGUUGUAUGAGCUAUGAAGCUUCCUGUAAAAGGUCUUUCUUUUGUCUGUCAAAUGCUUGAUGAGAACUGCCUUUUUGUCAAAAUGAUCUUGAAAAUGCUGUAAAAUAAAUAUUUUCUAUUUAUUAUUUAAGAA